UCGCCGCCUCGCUCUCCUCCUCAAGAACGAUGUCCGCUUUCACCGCUUCCCCCGCCGUCUUCGCGCGCAAGGCGCUCAACGGCUCCGCGCUCACCUCCAAGCGCGUCGCCGCGAAGAACGUCAAGACGUUCGCGGUCAGCGCGAACGCGAAGGUUGACGCGUGCGAUAAAAACUCCGUCAUCGUGUCCCCGUCCAUCCUCAGCGCGAACUUCGCGACGCUGGGUGCGGAGGUCAAGGCCGUCGACGAGGCCGGCGCGGAGUGGAUCCACAUCGACGUCAUGGACGGCCGCUUCGUGCCGAACAUCACGAUCGGUCCCCUCGUCGUCGACGCGCUUCGCCCGGUCACGGACAAGGUCCUCGACUGCCACCUCAUGAUCGUCGAGCCGGAGCUCCGCGUCGCCGACUUCGCCAAGGCUGGCGCGGACAUCAUCUCCGUCCACGCCGACCCCGGCACGUCCACGAUCCACCUCCACCGCACGGUGAACCAGAUCAAGGACCUCGGAUGCAAGGCUGGCGUGGUCCUCAACCCGGGGACGCCGCCGGAGUGCCUCGAGUACGUCCUCGACUGCGUCGACCUCAUCCUGGUCAUGUCCGUCAACCCCGGGUUCGGCGGGCAGUCGUUCAUCGAGUCUCAGGUUGAGAAGAUCGCGAAGAUCAAGGCCAUGUGCGACGCCAAGGGCGUGAACCCGUGGAUCGAGGUCGACGGCGGCGUCACCCCCGCGAACGCGUACAAGGUGAUCGAAGCCGGCGCGAACGCGCUCGUCGCGGGGUCCGCGGUGUUCAACUCGCCGGACUACGCCGCCGCCAUCGCGGGCAUCAAGGCGUCCAAAGCGCCCAAGUAAUUUGUUUUUAACGCAGCUGGCGCGGGUACUGUGAGGAAAAGGAAGGAAGAGAGGAGCGCGACGCGGGACGUCCGCGCGUCGCCGAGUUGUGAGGGCUAUGCCUCGCGUGGUGAAGGAUAUUACACGAGCGAGGGUGUUGUUACGUAGCGAUAACGUCGAUUCAUUCUAUUCGU